GCAAAGCUGGGAGCCCUGGAGAGUUUUGGAAAGUCCGAAAAUCGUUAAACUUAAAGCCGACGGCAGGAGUGGACCAAUCCUCCUCUUAGCUUCGUUGAUAAACUGACAAGUCCACACUUUGGCCCAGGGCUUCCUCCUCCACCUGUGACCUCAUCUUGCACCUCAUCGGCUGCUGCGACCAUAACUAACCCAUAACUAACCCCAAACGCAAAGACGAGAGGAUAUCACUCAUCCAUCUCUUCUUGAUACUCUCUCCAUCUCUUCCGUCCAUCAAGAUACAAUGGUCCUCUUGACAGAGCUUCCACCAGAGAUCGUGCAGCAUGUUCUGGGCUAUGUCGACCCGCCCGACUUAGCUUGGAUUCCCCGCAUUUGCAGGAGCUUCUACCAUACCAUUAAGGGGAAUUCCUCCCUUUUUAGAAUAGUCUAUCUCAACAAUCUCGACAAGCCUCCAAGCAAAUCUGUUAUUGAUUGGGAGAAGGCCAUCAAAGAUACUGUUCGCCUAGAGGCUAUAUGUCGCCGGGAAACUGUGGAGGAAAAGAAGAGCGAGCUGAGCUUCGUGUAUGAAACCGUCCGGUUUCUCCUCCAGAAUGCUGCAACCGACACGGAGCGUGUCCGGUCGAUGACUUACCCGUCGUCCCGGAAUGCCGAAAUACUAUCCGACAUCUUUAGCAAACCGACCACGAAAGCUGCGUUCUUGUGCCGGUCUUUCACCUACGAGCGUGUGUAUGCAGAGGUAAACGAUUCUCUGCCCGAUUAUUACUACCGGCACCGGCAGCCAAUAUACCAGAUGAGCGCUCACCUACACUGUCUCUACGGAGUACCAAUAUUGCACAUCCCGGACUACCCCCGCUCCAACAGGUGCGGCAAAGCAAGGCCGUUUGCAUGCUCCAAAGUCUACGACCUACGGCAGUACACCGACAAAACCAAAUGGGGCCCUUUCAGGAACGAUGAUACGGGCCGCGUAGACUGGGAGAUGGUCGAAGCUGUUAUGAUAGUGUUGGCAUCCAAUAUCCGCAAGAUGAAUCUAAAUAGGCUCCCCGUGUGUCGCAACUUCUGGGAGACCCCGUUCGCUGGCACCUGGUCACAGAGCUACAAGCCAUUGCCAUUGGCACGCGAACCCGACCCGGUAGAGCUACAGGACCCCUACGGUGUUACGGGCACGUGGCUACGAGUUGUCUGCUUCAUCGACUACACUGACUUCUAUGCAUACAACUUUACCGCGGGCAAUCGACUACCGCCCAACGCACCGCGAGACCCAAUCGACAUCGGUGAGGCUACGCGGUUAAUGCUCAUGAAGAUGCGUGUGACAAAGAUUGAGCCGCCAGGGCCCGAGGAUGGACAGGAACUGCCAAUUGUCCACUUCAAAGGAAUCUCGAGAACGCUAGACGAUACUUUCGACGAGAACGCUAACUCGGACUUGAGAGGCUCGGUACGUCUGACGAAGGAGGGAGAGGUGCGAUGGACGACGUUCUCAAUAAUUGGCGGCGUCGAGCGUUGGCGUAGCGAGGGUAUACAGGUUGGCGGCGUUCGGAGCGCGAAAGGUGUUAUGGGGAAUUGGUUCGAUACGGACUACAGUCCGGAAGGCCCGGCUGGCCCGUCGGGGUUUUGGAAAGUGUCAGAUCGAGCUGCGGAAUCGGGUGGUUAUAAAGCUCUGAUGCAGGAUUUCCUGCCUCUGAUUCAAGAUCAACUCGACGAGACGCACGACGAGUACGAUGCAGGAAAUUUCGAGGACGCAGAGGAGGAAUAUGAGGAAGAAUACGAUGUGAACGAGGAAGAUGAGGAUGACGAAGACCACGAGAUUGAGAUCACGGGGAUAUCGUGGGUGAUGUGGUCGAACGAAUAAGGUGAUCUCCCGAUGCCUUAUUCCAUGUCUUGUGGUUACCUUUGUUUGCCAUGCAUUGUUUUUGUUUUUGUUUUUGUUUCCGUUCUCUCUUCAUGUUUCCACAUCCAGAAUGAUUUACUUAACGUGGGAGUUUUGGCGAGGAAUGAUACCUGCCUACGAAGUAUGUAUUCCAAAGUUAUGUAUGUAUGGUUUGGGAGGUCCCUUAAACUCCCUUUAUGUGUUGUCAAAUAUUGUGUUUUUUUACAUUGUAGGUUCAAUACAUGUGGUAGGUUCCAUGUAGGUAGUGGAGUGUAGUUUGCUUUUUGAAGUUAUGUAGCUGUGAUUCAUUCAAUUGAAGUUGAUUUGCAUUUAUCAAUGAUAGUAUUAGGUAUAGUUACAUAUAUGGUCUUG